AUGAUAGCCAACACCACUUUCACGAAAUUCUCACGUCAGAUUAAACAGGCACGUGAUUCAGAAAUGUCCCCUCUACAGACACUUAAGAAUGACAAAGCAAUACUAAUUACCAAACCAGAUAAAGGUCGGGCUGUUGUUAUUUUAAACAAGUGUGAAUAUAAACAAAAGAUCAUGAACAAUCUCAGUCACCAUACAAAAUUCAAACGAAUCACUCCUGAGGUAUCAAAUCACUUAUUAUACCUAGAAGACAAAGAUAAAAAUACUACUCCGUAUACCAUCAAAUCAUCCAUUAAUGAAAAUACAUACAAUUUUCUUACAACUUCGGGCCCCAGACCUGGUCUAUUCUAUGGACUCCCCAAAGUCCACAGACCUAACAUUCCUCUAAGAUCCAUUAUUUCUUCAGUUGGUACUUUUAACUAUAACACUGCAAAAUUCCUGAUUCCUAGCAUAUCCCCUCUCACCACCAAUCAGUACAUCGAAAAUUCUACUACCUUUGUAUAUUCAAUUACAUCCCUUAAGCUUCAAUAA